AAACAACAUCCCUCCCAAUCCCUCUUCAGAUCCAAUUUUCAAAAUUUUUGCCCCGCCAACAAACACCUCUCUCUCCCUCUUAUUUAACCCUCCCAUCUCCUUCUUCCCUCUUUUCUUCAACACUUCAAUGGCUUCUUCAGAUCCCAUCUCUUCCAAACACUACACUUACAACAGAAAACAGAAGUCUUUAGGACUUUUGUGCACCAAUUUCUUGAGUCUCUAUAACCGAGACACAGUGCACUUAAUUGGCCUUGAUGACGCUGCCACUCGAUUAGGAGUCGAGAGGAGACGGAUCUACGACAUUGUUAAUGUUCUCGAAAGCAUUGGGGUUCUCUCCAGGAAAGCAAAAAAUCAGUAUACCUGGAAAGGUUUUGCUGCAAUUCCCCUUACCCUCCGGGAGCUGAAGGAAGAUGGGCUGAGGGAGAAUUCCAGUUCCUUGCGCGGGUCCACUAACGACGACAUGUAUAAAGUUUCCGAUGACGAAGAUGAUGAAGAAACACAGUCCAAUGCCGCAACUGGAAGUCAAAACGACAAGUUGAACCCUAAAUCUACUCAACCCAAAUCACUAAAAAAUGAAAAUCGAAGGGAAAAAUCUUUGGCUCUGCUGACCCAGAAUUUUGUCAAACUCUUCGUGUGCUCUAAUGUUGAAUUGAUCUCCCUUGAUGAGGCUGCAAAAUUGUUGCUUGGAGAUGCUCACAAUACCUCAAUAAUGAGAAGUAAGACAAAAGUUAGACGCCUAUAUGACAUUGCAAAUGUGCUAUCCUCUAUGAACCUUAUUGAGAAGACCCAUACGUCAGAUACAAGAAAACCAGCGUUCAGGUGGUUGGGUCCUGAAGGGAAGACAUGGAAUGAGUCACUUCACAAAUCAAAUCAGAACGAGUCUAGGAAACGGGCGUUUGGGAGUGAUAUUACAAACAUCAGCUUUGAGAGGAAUAAGGUGGAACUAUUCACAAAUGGAGACUUAAAUUCGAAUCCCAAGAAGCUAAAAAUUGAAAAUGAUAGAGGGCCGGAUCAGGCAGAUGAAAACAAUUUAAAACAAGAUACAAAACAAACUUCGAAGAGCUAUCAGUUUGGUCCUUUCGCUCCAGCGUGCGUGCCCGGAGUUGGAGCCUCUGGGAAUAAUAAUGUAAAGCAGGUGCAUGACUGGGACAGUCUAGUAACUACACAUAGCCCUCAGUAUCAAAACGAAGCUUUGAGAGAUCUCUUUUCCCAUUACAUGGAGGCAUGGAAAUCGUGGUACUCUGAGAUUGCUGCAAAAAGACCAUUAAAAAUUUUGUAACUUUCCUCUCAAGAGCAAAUCAAUUACAAAUUUUCGCAUUACAUUUCCUUGAUGCGCCCGCAAAGCUUCCCUUUACGGCUUUUUCAACGGGGUGUGUGACCAAAAUCAGCUUAGGCAGUUCUUGCACAUUUGUUUCUUGUAUAGUUUCUACCUUUUAUGUAUUUGAGCGGGAGAUCUUGUGCGAUCUUCUAUUUCUUGUA